UGAAAUGCAGGAAGUUUUGCUCCCUAGUGGACAUGGUAUUAUGGUCCGAGGUUACCGCCCUGUUGUUAAUACCCUUGCAAGAGGCCUGGAUAUUCGUCUUAAUCAUCAGGUUACAAAAAUUGUUUGGAGUAACAUGGGAGUGGAAGUCAGUGUUGAAAAUGGCAAAACGUUUGUUGCAGAUGCUGCUGUCAUCACUGUACCCCUAGGGGUUCUGAAAGCUAAUAUCAUAAAGUUUGAACCAAGGCUUCCAGAUUGGAAGGAAGAAGCAAUAAAUAAUCUUGCUGUUAGAGUUGAGAACAAGAUUGUGCUGCUCUUUGACACAGUUUUCUGGCCUAAUGUAGAGUUCCUUGGUGUAGUGUCAUCCACUUCUUACAGUUGCAGUUAUUUCCUUAAUCUUCACAAGGCAACAGGCAAUAAAGUCCUUGUUUACAUGCCUUCUGGUCGACUUGCCCUCGAUAUCGAAAAGUUGUCGGAUGAAGCUGCUGCUAAUUUUGCCUUUGGGCAACUGAAACAGAUCCUCCCAGAUGCAUCUAUGAUCUCUGGAUCGAUACCAAGCAUGUUAAAGGCCAACCAAGCAAAUACGUCCGCAUUGGCCUAUAGGAAGGAGAUGAGGUGCCGACGAUCCUCUUCACACAGGUUUGAACCGAUCUUCACCACUUUGUUCAGGUCUUCAUCAAUGGACAUCGGGAUUAGGUCUUCCAUCAGCUGA